UGAUCCACGCGAUUUUAUGCGCCGGUUCAUUUACCUCAUUCCUGAAAAAGAAAAGAAAAGAAAAGAAGAAGAGACCUGGAAGCAAGUUUUCAGCACAUCCCCAAAGCUGAUCUUACCUUUACAGGGCGAUAGCUUGCUGUUCCCUAUAAUUUGCAAGCAUCGACUUUUAAUUGGAAAAGAUGUCCAAAGGUGUUAACGAGAAAGCAUCGACGGAGCACGAAAACUCGAGGGAAAAAGAGACUGUCGCGGCCGAAGACGAAUUCGGUUCAAGAAAAGGACGUGGCCUCCUAAACGUACCGUCGAGAUCUUCAUCGCAAAAAAUACAGCCGUCGCCAGCAACAACGGGUCUGAGCGGGACAACUGCUGAGGAUCCACGAGAUAGUAUUGGUGGCAAUUCUAAGGAAUCAAAGCACAGUAUGCUUGGCCGGCGUCGGAACGGUAGUGCGUCCAGCAAUCACUCUGGGGCUGCCACGAAUCCUACGACUACACCAAACACAUCGCAACCAACAUCUCCAGCUGGGGCUCCGCAGCGGCGAAAAAAGGGCGGGCUACUGGCCCUUCUUGGAUGCUGUGUUGUCCCGAAUCAUGCCAACACGCUUGAAGGUGGUGAAGAUCCACUUCCUUCUCACAAACUCGAUAAGCUUCCUCAAAGACCACUGACAUCUAGCCGACGGACUACAACACCUUCGGAACAGACAGGCGGCAGUAAGACUCAAGUCUACGAGAAAGAGAAGGAGUCUUUGUCUCAAGCAAAUACUGGUGCCCAGGACGCAUCCAAGUCCGCGAAACGGGUUUCGGGCUCAACAGCUCAAGACCAGUCUACGGUCGGCGAACGUGAGAGCGAUUCGAAACAGACUACCCUGGUCGGUGUACCAGGUCCCAGCAUCACGGUUAACCCUCCGGUUGCAGAAGAUCAUGAAGCCGAAGCGGAUGCUGUCGAAGGGCCAUCCACCAGGGACGUUGACGGCGAUGUUGAGAUGGCAGAUACGGAACCAGCUGUAGCCGAGCCAGUUAAGCAACCUGGUACGGACGACGAAUCUCAAUAUGCGAAGGCAGUUCCGCCACCUCCUCCUGGACCGGUUCCCGUCGCCAAUACUGUCUCCGUUGCGCCAGAGGAGAAGCCAGUGGAUGGGGAAGACGGCGAACCGAAAUAUCUUCUACCACCUAUUGAACCGCAUCUUAAGGGCAGAAAGUGUCUCGUACUAGAUUUGGAUGAGACUUUGGUACAUAGCUCAUUUAAGAUACUGCACCAAGCUGAUUUCACGAUACCAGUUGAAAUAGAAGGCAACUAUCACAACGUGUAUGUCAUCAAGCGACCGGGUGUAGACCAGUUCAUGAAGCGCGUGGGCGAGCUCUACGAAGUUGUAGUGUUCACAGCCUCCGUUUCUAAGUACGGCGACCCGUUGCUGGACCAGCUCGACAUUCACAAGGUUGUCCACCACCGGCUGUUCCGAGAAAGCUGCUAUAAUCACCAAGGAAAUUACGUCAAGGACCUGUCUCAGGUGGGCAGGGACCUUAAGGACACCAUUAUCAUUGACAACUCGCCCACCUCAUAUAUCUUCCACCCCCAACACGCCGUACCUAUCAGCAGUUGGUUUUCGGACGCUCACGACAAUGAAUUAUUAGACUUGAUACCCGUUCUCGAGGACCUGGCUGGGCCUAAUGUUCAGGACGUCAGCCUAGUUCUCGAUGUCACUCUUUAAACUUCAAUUAAUUUCUAUUCUAUGAGAAGAGCAAUCGAACCAAACACUUCCCAGGGUAGCUACCAUAGCGGCGGGCGUUCGGUGACAAUAACUUCGAUUUUUUUGGUGUAUAUGUACUGUUUAAUCUUAUAUACCGAGUUUGGCCGCGUGGGCUCGCGCCGCCCUUCUUCUGCCUCCUUUCUUCAAUCCUGAGGACGAACCCGAAGUUGAUCAGCUACAUGAAUGCAAACUUGUUCUGAUAAGAGGAGCUUGCCAUUUCGAGAUACAGCGAGAACGCGAAUGGGCUGGAUGAGAUCCCGGGUUAGCACAUAGGUGUCAUAAAAUAUUGGUACAUGAAAAGAGGAGGCAUUUUUCUUUCAGCGGCCUACGUCUUGCUCGGGUAGAGUUGAGUGAUGCGGCUACCGCCGUCUUCAAGCGAUACACAUUAUUCUUUUUCUGUUUCUUUUGUUGAUAUUCUUUUUAUCGUUACCG